UGUUAUUCAAGGUGUAACAAUGGCUGAAGAUGAAAAACAGUGUUCUGGUGACUGUUCAGAAUGUUUAAAAAAAAAAGAGGCCAUGAUGUUGCUGACUGAAAAUGUAGCCAUUAUCGAUAGUAGAUGUUUGAAAAGUAUGCGAGAUGAAUUGAAGAAACAAAACGGAAUGCUCUCAAUGUUGAGGAAAAAAAAUAAAAUGCUGUGCAAUUCUAUAAACCAACAUGGAUCAGAAGUUGAAAAAUUAACAAAUCACUUAGAAGCACUGAAAACGGAGAAUAAGGAGUUGAAAGUAAAAGCAGAAAAUCAUUCUAAGUUGGACCAGAAGUUAUUGGAGCAAAUACAAGUUAAUGAAGACAUAUCGUAUGAAAAUAGAGAACUCAAAUCGAAGCUAGAUUUGAACGCUAAUGAUCUACAAAAGGUCACACUGGAAAACCAAAUUGUUGUAAACGAAAAUUUCUUAUUCAAAUCCAAUAUUCAGGGGUUGGAAGAGAAAUUGAAAGAAACAAAACAGAAAUAUGAAGAAUGCAAUGAACAGUUUAAAAAAAAACUGUGUGAAAAUCAGUUGCUGAACUCUCAACUUCAGGAGUUUUCAAAAAAAAUAUCUGAUUUGGAGAAAACAAAUAAUAGACUCGUUAGGAAGAAUAAAGAACUUGAAAUACAGAAUAAAAGAUAUUCAAGAAAUAAGAAAGAAUUGGCUUCUGAGUUGGAAAAGCAAAAACAAAUGUAUUCCGAAGAAUCUAACAAAAAUAAAAUUCUCUUUGAUACCAAUAAUGAAUUGACCAGUCAGGUAGAGGAAACUGAACAGAAGCUGGUCAGACUUCAACAAACAUUUGACGACCUACAUAACGAGAAUAACGCUCGAUUCAUAGAAUUGGAGCAGUUGCAGCUAACCAAAAUAAACUUGGAGAAGGAACUGGAGUCCAAAGAUAACAUAAUACUGGAGAGAUCAAUGGAGGCAGCCAAAAAUUUUGAUUAUAGAAAUAACAUUUUUCAAGUUCUGAAUGAAAAAGAAACAAUGCAACAACAGUUGCUGAAUGAAUUAAUGAGUUUGAAAAAUGAAAUAUCCAACAAAAAUAUACAAAUAUCGGAAAUGACUAUGUCGAAGAAUAUCAUUAUUGAGGAAUCUAAGUGUCGUCAACAAGAAAUAAUAAAAUUGUGCCGUGAUCUUUCUGAAAAAGAUGACAUAAUUGAUACACUGAAGAAUGAAAACAAAUCAUUACUGGAGUCACAACCAAAGAUAAAAACAUCAAAUGAACCAGCGGCUGUCUAAGUUAAAGGUAAGGUACAUUCCGAUUCUAUUUCUUCUUUCAAAAUCUGAUUUCUGUUUUGUUCAUUUCUUCAAUGCAUAUGGAUUUUCAACUAUACAAUAGUGAUUGAAUA